CGAACAGUGGCUAUACACCCUCUAAACCAACAGAGAGACCCCCUUUAGACUAGCUUUCAUGCCUCGCUCGGAGACAUCCUUGGAUUCAGCCUCUGACUUGUCUUAUGAGUCAGAUGAGGACUAUCGGCUCGCCCAGCAAGAGUGGGAGGAGAGCAUGCAAGAACUGCAGCAACUCGCCCUCGUUCUGCUUUUGCCUUGGGUGGGCAAGUUUUUAGGAAGAAAAACCAGUUACUGGCUGUACGACCGCUACAAGCGGGUCGGUUUGGGGAGGACGUUCUUCCUCGGUGACGCAUCCCACUAUUUCAUCAUGAACAUCAUUCAGAGGCACUCGAUGACCAAGUCAUAAAUAUACAUUAGUUUUCCAAUGACCCACGCAGUAUCAUCUGUCGCUUGAGGUCUCGCACCAACUCAUCUGCAACGUCCCACGCCUCCCUGCUGAUAAGCCCUCGUAAUAGCACAUACCACGUAUCGUAGCUCAAUGAAACUUUCUUCUUCACCAUCUCCUUGUAAUACCCCA